GCGGCGGGGCCGGGGAUGGGUCCGGGCUCCGGGUUGGGGUUCGGGGCCUGGCUGGAGGGGCGGCUGGAGGCGCUGGGCCUGGACCGGGCCGUCUACGGGGCGUACAUCGAGGGACUGCUCCGUGAGGAGGAGAGCGACGAGGAGCGGCUGGAAGCGCUGCGGGGCGUCCUGGGCGCCUGCCUGGAAGAAGAUCUCAUAAAUGAUGUUUGCAGGGAGGUGGUGGAGAAGUGGGCUGAGUCUCAGGUUGUUGACACCAAAGAGAAAAAAGAAGAUGAGAUCCAGGCCAUCACCAGCAUGAUGGAGAAGCAGGCCAGGAUUGUGGUGAAGCCAAAGGAAGUUUCCCAGGAGGAGAAGCAGAGGAAAGCUGCUCUCCUGGCUCAGUACGCCAACGUGACGGAUGAGGAGGAUGGUGAGGAUGAGCAGGAUGGAUCAGUUGGGGCAGCAGUAAAUAUUGGAUCAGAAAAAUCGCUGUUCCGAAACACGAACGUGGAGGAUGUGCUGAACGCCAGGAAGCUGGAGAGGGAACUGCUGCGGGAUGAGUUCCAGAAGAAAAGAGAGCAAGAUAAACUCCAGCGAGAGAAGGAUAAGCUGGCCAAGCAGGAGAGGAAGGAGAAGGAGAAGAAAAGGACACAGAAAGGCGAGCGGAAGCGGUAGCUGGGCUUCCCCAGGUCAAGGCCUUACAUGAAUUUCAGUACCAUGUGUGUUUAAAAAGCAGCAGAAAUUCUGGGCACGUGGCUGGCGAGUGGCUCUUUGGAAGCAUUUUGGAUUUUGGUUUUUUCCUUUAUGUAGCAAAAAAGAAAAUUCCCAGCACCUCGUGAAGGUGAGGUGUGCCGUGUGCUUGUGGUGUCAGAUGUCCCCGUGGGUUGUUGUGGCCAUGUCUGUACCAAAGGACGGUGAUGUGACCAUGUCCGUGUUCUGAAACUGAUUGAUUUUCACUCCUAACCACUUCGAGCGAGGCAAAACCAGACGUGGGAGCUGUGGCAGAGGCUGCCCAGACACCCACCACCUCCUGCCAGCAAACAGCUUGUUGAGAGGAGAGCAGAGCCCUGCCCUGAACUGUCCCUGAGGACACGCUGCCGCGGGGCAGGAGUGAAUUUAUUUACAGUAGCCUUGAAAACAAAAAAUAUUUGCAAAUCCUGGGAUUUAUGCUGCCAAGAACAGCGCAGCAUCUUCAUUCUGGCUGAGCUCAGAGCAGAGGGUUUGGAGCUGACCUCAGCGAGGGGGAGUCCCGUUCUGCAGCAGGAGGAAGGAAAGGGAAUGAAGUAUCGAUGAUUGCAGCACCCCCGGGCUGCGGGUGGGCUGAGCCCUCACACUGCUUCAGGACUUCGUGUGGGAAGGUGGAAAACUGAGCUCCGGGGCCCAAAGGUCUGACUGAUUCCUGCAGCGGUGCCAGGGGGAAGGGGGGGCUGCAGGUUCGGUGCUGGGGGGGUCAGGGGGUCGCUGGGUUUAUCAGGAGCUGAAUGCUUCUCUCCCUCCAAGGGCUCAUUACCUGCUGGUUCUGGCCGGUUUUGUUUCUCACCUCUGGAAAGAACACUAAUUCCUGCAAACUGUGAGGGAGGGAGGGACCCAGAGCAGUUCUGGGGGUGCAGGAGCACAGCACUGCUUCCUCUUGGGGUUGGAACAAUAAAACUUGGCCAAGAAAUGGG